AUGUCCAUCCAGUGGCUAAAACACAUUCUGCUCCUGGCAAUCCUGGUCAAUUUGGCCGGGACACGGGAGAAUCACAUUCCGUUAGAUUUGAAGAAAAGUUCGAUCGUGAUGGUCAAGAUGAGUCAGAUCCUCUGCAAGGCUCGGAUUAAGGUCCUGUUCGUCUACUUCGAGAAUCAAACCUCCCACGAGCAUACGGGUCAAAUACUCAAAGAGGUGACCAAGUGCGACAUAUCGAAUCAAAAUACACCACUGGAGGCGGUCAAGGAUGAUGGCAUACUAAUGUACAUGGUGAUGAUCACCACAAACAUAUCACAACCAUUGGAGCUUUCACUUAUCCGGAAGAAAUCGGCUGCCAAGCAUCGAUCGCAUGUUUUUCUCUUGGUCAGAGAUGCGGAUACCGUUUCCGAUGCUUGGAUGCGGGCCAGUUUCCGGCAAUUCUGGAAGAUAUGGCUACUGAACAUCGUGAUCCUCUACUGGCGAGAUGGACGACUGAAUGCCUAUCGGUACAACCCGUUUAUGGACAACUAUUUGAUACCAGUGGACAAUAAACCAAACGAGGUUCCAACUUUAGAGCAGCUUUUCCCAAAGACCAUACCCAAUAUGCAGAGGAAGCCGCUGAGAAUGUGCAUCUACAAGGACGAUGUGAGGGCAAUCUUCUGGAGACAGGGAACUAUCUUGGGGACCGAUGGCCUGCUGGCGGCCUAUGUGGCUGAGCGACUGAACGCGACCAUGAUGAUAACGCGUCCGCACUCGUAUAACAACCACAAUCUCAGCUCGGACAUAUGUUUCCUUGAGGUGGCCAAGGAGUACGUGGAUGUGGCCAUGAACAUUCGUUUCUUGGUUCCGGAUACCUUCAGGAAACAGGCGGAAAGCACGGUAUCCCACACGCGUGAUGAUCUUUGCGUGAUUGUGCCGAAAGCCAAGACUGCUCCCACUUUCUGGAACAUAUUUCGCUCAUUUGGCUCAUUAGUUUGGGCCCUAAUUCUGGUUUCUGUUCUGGUGGCGAAUGUCUUCUGCUACAUCCUGAAAUCUGAAGUGGGUAGGGUUCCCAUGCAACUUUUCGCCGGAGCCCUAACUAUGCCCAUGACCCAGAUUCCGCCAAACCACUCGAUCCGAUUGUUUCUGAUCUUCUGGCUUUACUUUGGACUACUUAUAUGCUCGGCAUUCAAGGGAAAUCUGACCAGCAUGAUGGUGUUCCAGCCUUAUCUACCCGAUAUAAACCAAUUGGGUGCGUUGGCUAGGUCCCACUACCACAUCAUCAUUCGUCCAAGGCACGUAAAACAUAUCCAACACUUCCUAACCCUGGGACACAAGCACGAGUCCAGAAUUCGGGAACAAAUGCUGGAAGUUUCCGACACCCAGAUGUACGAAAUGAUGAGGAACAAUGACAUAAGAUUUGCCUAUUUGGAGAAGUAUCACAUCGCCCGUUUCCAGGUGAACAGCCGUGUGCACAUGCACCUGGGUCGUCCGCUUUUCCACCUGAUGAACAGCUGCCUGGUGCCGUUUCACGCCGUUUAUAUCGUCCCCUACGGUUCACCCUACUUGGGUUUCCUGGACUCACUGAUCCGGAGUUCGCAUGAGUUUGGAUUCGAGCGAUACUGGGAUCGCAUCAUGAACUCCGCCUUUAUUAAGUCUGGAGUAAAGGUGGUAAACCGUCGACGCGGGAGUGGCAAUGAUGAACCGGUGGUCCUCAAACUGCAGCAUUUCCACGCCGUAUUCGCUCUGUGGCUGGUGGGGAUCGGGAUGGCAUGCAUUGUGCUGGCCUGGGAGCACUUGACCCACAACUACAAUUUGGCGGUAACAAAGCGGCGGGACUAACUAUCGCAUGCAGCAUGCAAUGUGAGGCGGAUGAUUGUGUUGAUGUGGCGUCCACUUACCUGGGUCUUCUCCUCCUUGUUUCGAUUCGCUUCCUUCAGCACGGCAAUCUCGUUAGUCAGUCUUUGGAUUUCAUAGUUGAUGAGGCCAUCGGCGGUCACAUGUGCACCACUCGAUUCUGGGCCCGAUUCGAUGGCCUUCUUUAUACCGUUGCUCUUCUUGGCCAUUUCCAGCGUAUGCUGCAACUUCUUCACUUCACUCUUCCACCGACGACUAUCUGCGUCAUUCUGAGCCCUGGGUUGAAAUAAAAAAGCGAUAGAUUGC